AUGACAUGCCCUGAUAUUUCAUAUGUUGUCCAAAUUUUGAGUCAAUACAUGCACAAGCCUUAUAAGUCUCAUGUGAAUAUUUCAUUUAGAUUGUUAAGGUACUUGAAAGAUUGUCCAGGGAAAGGAAUUCAUAUAACAAAAAAUGAUUCUCUUAGUCUUAUUGGAUUUGUUGAUGCUGAUUGGGCCAAGUGUCUUUUUAGUAGAAGGUCUGUUAUAGGAUAUCUUGUUUAUUUUGCUGGUUCUCUUGUAUCCUGGAAAAGCAAGAAACAGAGUACUGUUUCUCGUUCUUCCACUGAAUCUGAAUACAGAGCUUUAGGUUCUGUAACUUGUGAAAUUGUUUGGAUUUUAAAAUUACUAUGUGAUUUGGGAAUAACUGGUUUAAAUCCAGUUAAUAUUUUUUGUGAUAAUGAAUCAGCAAUUAAACUUGUACUAAAUCCAGUUUUUCAUGAGAGGUCUAAAUAUUUUGAAGUAGAUCUUCAUUUUGUUAGAGAAAAGGUUGAAAAUGGUGUUAUAAAAGUUAAUAAGGUUGAUUCUUUAAAUCAAAAUGCUGAUGUUUUAACUACAGCUCUUGGAUCUUCUCAACAUGAAUAUAUUUCUAGUAGACUUGUUUGUGGGGGUGUUGAAAAUACACUUGAUUGUGUAAGUUUUAUGCAGGAGUUAACCUCAUCAUAUUAA